CGGUGCGUCACUUCCGCUGGGCCCGCUCUCGCGAGGCUUGCGGCGUUGCCCCGGGAACGGGGCGGCAGGUGGCGGCGCCCGCUCUCCAGCCUCUCCCUGCCUCCGAUGGCUGCAGCCCCCUCCAGCUGAGUCAGUUCUUCCCUCCCCGCAGCAUUGCAGCACCUCCGCAGCCUCGCUGCACUCCUGCUUCUGCAGCGCCCACACUGUCUCCUCGGCUCCCGCCUCAGCAGCAUGGCCAGCACCGUCUCAGCCUACAAGGAGAAAAUGAAGGAGCUGUCUCUGCUCUCUCUCAUCUGCUCCUGUUUCCACACCCAGCCACAUCCUAAUACCAUCUACCAGUAUGGAGAUAUGGAGGUGAAGCAGCUGGAUAAGAGGGCAUCGGGCCAGAGCUUUGAAGUGAUCCUGAAGUCCCCUUCAGAUUUAUCUCCCGAGAGCCCAAUCCUUUCCUCUCCUCCCAAGAAGAAGGAUCUGUCCCUGGAGGAACUGCAGAGGAGGCUGGAGGCUGCAGAGGAGAGGAGGAAGACCCAGGAAGCGCAGGUGCUGAAGCAGCUGGCGGAGAAAAGGGAACACGAGCGGGAGGUGCUCCACAAGGCUCUGGAGGAGAACAACAACUUCAGCCGGCUGGCUGAGGAGAAGCUCAACUACAAGAUGGAGCUGAGCCGGGAGAUCCGUGAAGCACACCUCGCUGCCUUGAGGGAGCGGCUCCGCGAGAAGGAACUGCAUGCAGCUGAAGUUCGCAGGAACAAGGAACAGCGGGAGGAGAUCUCUGGAUAAAGGGCUUUUCUACACAUCUAGCACCUGAUUCCUGUUAACAAACCAACCAACCAACACAUUUUAUUUUGUUUGUCUAGAUGCAACAUUUGGGUCUCCAUUCUUUCCCUCCCCCUGGUGUUAGUGCCCCAGCUACACGCUUCUCUCUAUCUCCGCAUCCUUGAUUGUUCAGUACUUGUGGGGAUUCACAGAUCAUAGGGACCUCUAAGCAGAAUAGCAACUAGUUCACAUGAAAUAUAGAAUCAAUGAAUCAGUCAAUCAAACAGCUUCUUUGGGGGGGUUGUCCUUUUUUAAAAGAUAUUUCUUAAACUGAUGUAAAGAAUUAAGUUAUUAAUAAAUUCAACCAGCAGUGUCAUGGAGAUACGGAUUUCUUAUCCGGAGCUUUUACUACUCUUGGUGUUUGCUCUGAGCCAAAUAUCAGUUUGAGAAUAGUGGGAAGUGAUAAUUUCUUUAUGUGAAGUGGUAUAACUAAUAGAUCCUUUAUUUCCCAGUGGUAGGAGAAAGGAAUAAGAGAGGGAUGGGAUGGCUCAGGGAGUUGUGGCACGCAGACCUUUUCAUCUCUUGGUUAUUAUCUGAAGCCAGCCCAGGUAGGCAGUGACCGAAAGUCAUUAUCUUUGGAUGAUUCUUUGAUAGCCCAAAUGAAAAUAGCCAGGGGUCUCAAACCAGAACUUGGUGAGAGGUGCCCACAUCACAGAAAGUCCCUAUCACAGCAAGCACUAGUUGAUAUCCUAGUUGGCCGCAGACUGAACAAGCCUGUAGACCGAACUGCCCUCUCCCCAGCAGAGGGAAGACCAAGACAGCUUGGUCAAGCAGCAUGGGAGAAUCUCGUGCUGCUGUUGCCUCUAUUGAGCCUGGGUCCCUGGAUGUCCUGGGGAAACAGGGCUGGGUCUCCAGGCCUGUCCAGUGCUUUCACUAGCACAAGAUUUCACUCCAGUAAGAAAACAAUUCAGAUAGAGAUGGUGCAUGAUUGUGAAAUAGCCCACAGGCCUUUAGCGAACAGGAUAAUCAUCCUUCCCUUUCCAAAGAUGGAUGUGACUCUUCAGUGCCGUUACAGGACAGACAUUGAGACCAGAGAUCGUGAAAUAAGCCACAGAGCUCUGGUUCUUAGGCAGCACAUUGUAAGAAAGGGCAUGCUGGUUGCUUGCAGGGUACUUCCAGACCUGCAGCUUUGGAAAAGAUGGAGCUAAGAGAGGAGGCCAUCAGCAAGACCACAGUAAGGGUGAAAGAUGUUCACAUGCUCAUUUGUUGUCUACCUUUAGCUUUUCAGGGCCUAUUUUUAAGAAAAGUUUGUCUCUUCAUGGAGGUAGAGAUGAGCAGAAAAUAUGCAAGCAUGGUAGUAAUAGCUGUAAUGUCCGUAGCAGUAAUGUCUGAUCUAAACAGAUGACUGUCAAAGUCUAUGGACUUCCCAGUCUUCUAAUGUCACAGUUUAUGAAGGUAGCUGGAGUCCGGGCAGCCCCUGUGCCAGACGCUGAGGGGUCUGCCAUUCCCUUGCUGAGACCCACAGAACUGCGGACCCUCAGUGCCAGCUCCGCCUCUGGCUUGAAAAACUAAUUGGAAACGUUGCGUCUGAAGCAGGGAAUUGCCACCUUAUCGCAAGUGGGGCCUCGUAAGAUGCGGUGUGAGGAGUCGGCCCUCGCGAGAGCACAGUCUUGUGGCAAGAUUUUGCAGAGGAGAAGAUGGACGCUGCUUUCAUUUGAGGCAGAAGGUAAUAAGAAUUCCCCUUUGUCCAGUUCUCAGAGAUUACUGUUAUUUUUUUAACAGAUCAGUGCAAUGUUCCCGGGACAAGGCAGCAGGGUGCCUAGAGCAGGCAGAGACACAGCAGGAUUCCUGGGCUGGUAUUUAUCCCCAGGGUGCCUCUCCCUUCCGCCCUCGCGACGGCCAUUCCUCCCGGGAUGCUCUCUCAGAUUUCAGAAUAAACCAAAGGGGCGUCCAAGGGACACUUAAUUACUAGUAAUUGGUAUCCUCUGCACAUCACGCCUCCCAAGAGCCAGUUUGAGCCCUCCCAAUCCCUCCUACAGCGGGCUCUGCAGACUCCGUGGGGGAAUGGUUGAAGCAAAGGGCUGCAGGCUGGUGCGGGGGCUGCCAGGGUGGUGCUCUACCUUGCGCAAAGGCACCAGGCAGUGGUCAGAAGCUAGAGCAGAUGAGCAUUUUACAUUGGGAAGAAAGAUCCGCUUGCCUCUCCACCCUUCUUAAGAAAACCCUUUGCUGAGUCUUUUCAGAAGCUGAAGUUUUCUGUCUACUGUGUGCUUUACUUACAUAAAGAAUUGAUUAGGCCCUGAGAUAAGCAUCAGCCAGUCACAGAAACCCAAGGAAUGCCAAAGAGCAGCAGCUGCUGGAAAUAAAAUCCCUAGCCUCUUUGCUAAUCUCCCCAGAAUUCCCACUUGGAUUAGGGAGAGAUCCCUCUAUGGCCAUAACAUGUUUUGAUGUUAGGGGAACACUCUGCUCCUAAAAGGAAGGGCUACCUUACUCACAGCCCCCUCUGCCUGGGCUGGAGGGGGACAGGACUGUUAGAAAGCCCCAGUGUUGUCCAGGGACAAAAAGUGCUUGGGGCAAAGAGGGAAAAGGAAAGGAAACUGAGGGUUGAAUUUCUUAACAGUAGCUAAUGAUCAGUUUAUAGUAGCAGCUGUCUUAGAUAAGCAUCUGUGUAGAACGCGGAAUCACCGCCAGCAUCACCUCAUUCAUAUAGUGACAAUACAUUUUAAAAAGUUUAAAAAAAUUAAAAAGUAAUUUAAACAAAAUGUUUGUGUGUAAGAAAUGGUUGAAGCUGUCAAAUGUCUGUGUCCCGCGUUGGUGGGAUCUGAGAAGGUAUCUGCAAGAUAUUAACCCUGUCCUACUCUCUGUGGUGCUGAGUGUUUGCUUGGUGUGUAAUUCUGACCUGAAGCUUGUUGUAAAUACUGUUUUUAGUACUAUGAUGAUGAUUAUUAUUAUCAGAAAUGUUGUACUCAUGAGCAGGAGCUUAAAACAAGAGAAAUGACCAUUUUCACUCUAUCAUUGGGGCUCGGAAGAACUUGGAGGCCGGGCCGGACGCAGGCAGGAUGCCGGGGCCCGUGGGACGCGGGCUCGAGGAGAGCAGCCCUGGGGGAGACCCGCGGCCGGGCCCCACCCGCCGGGGGGGCUGCCGGCUUUGCGGCCAGGGAAACUGCAGCCUGGGGAGCCGCGGGGGGUUGAGUCCUGCGGGCAGGAGGGACAGGAGCAGGGAGAGGCCAGUCCUGGGGCUGGGGAGAGGAAGGAAGGACUGAGGGACAUAAUAAAGAUGGUGCUUCAGAUCAAUGCUCGCUUUGGUAUACAUCGUUUGGCACGAAUCCACCCUGCGUGAGGGUGCUCCAGUCUGCUUCCUGCAACCAAGGAGCAAGGCUGAGGAGCUGUGAGGUUUGGCGUGUACCAUGGGAAAAAACCGUGGUGGCAGAUUGUGUUUUGUUAGAGCGAUCCUUCCCCGAACAGCUCCUGAGUCUCAGGACUCGGUUCCUGCCAGGCUCUUCCAUCUCAGUCCUUUGUGUCACCAGCUUAGGCCCAAGUCGCGGUAUCCUCUGUGUAGUUGAAGGCCAGCCUUGAUCUCAGGUGGAGACUUAUUCUUGCGAUAGCUUUGCCUGGCAAACAAUCACGUUGGAAAUGCACAGAAGGACGACCUGGCGAGUCAGGAGCCCAGCAGUGCUCAUGCCGGUGUGAGCACUGGGAAACGCAUUUUUCUCACCUUCACCGGGUUGGUUCUGUGAGGUACAGUGGACAUAGCUGAAAAAUUUGCUACUGCAGGGUAAACUCAUGUCUCAGAGAAGCAGGGAUGUGUCAGGCAGAGUUUUGCAUCAGUGAUAUCAGGGGACCAGGUCUGUUACUGCUGAUGAAAUGUCUCAUGCAAAGGAAACAGGAUUGUCCAGCGUAGCCAGAGGUAUCGGUGUAACAGAGUUAUGUUUGCCUGGUGCAGAUGAGUGUAUUGGGGAUGUUCAGGAACUUAAAGCUUGUCCAGUGCUGCUGGACGUUAUCAGGGAAACGUGUGAUUGCUUUGGCUGCACGCAGCAGCUACUGCAACGCCAGGUAUGUUGGGGGGCCGCCCCGCCGCGGGGCUGGGAAGCAGCCGGGUGCCCCGCGCUGCGGGCGAGGGCGGGUGACUGAUGCCAGGCACUGCCUGGACUAACGUAACACUGUGCCUGACGGGCGACACACACCACUCUUUCAGUUCUCACAGCAGCAGCAGACGAGUUAUUUCAUUCCCUCCCGUGUCCCGGGAUUGCUAAUGGUUGUGUGCAACAGCAUACUUCACCCCUCGACUGAGACUGAUUACGUGUCCUCAUUGCUAACCUUGCAGUCCCAGCCUCCUUCAUUGCUAUUGUGACUUUUGGACCAUUCCCGUACACCGCGGUCUUCGGACACGUUGCAUGGCACGGAGCUGACACAUCCCUGGGGCAACGCUUCUUACGACAGGGCUUGAGAUUCCUCAUUGAUUCUCGUAGGUGUUUAUUAAUCAAGCUUUGUAACUACAGCUAGCACCCAGAUUUUUGCAGAAGCCUAUUAACGUUAGGCCUCGUGCCUGGUCGGUGCAGCUCCCUGGAGGCCUCUGGCAGUGUACCUGCCCGGACCAGGGACUGAGGGAGUGCGUGCAGUUGUACGAGGGAGGAAAGAUGAGAUGGUGACAGUUGAUUAGCGUGCAUACGCGUCUCAAAGAGUUCUCCUGGAGAAGGGCCUCUGAUUCAGGCAAGACAAAGAAGCUGAAGCUAAGCUCACUCGCAGCCGGCACAGACUGCCGGACGAGCAGCGCUUCUGCGCAGGAGCUGCAACAACUGCCCUCAUAUUCCACACUCCAGCUCUGCGCUUCCGUUGGCAUUCUGAGCAAAACGCUCAGCUCUGUCCGCAACUGGGCACAUCCGAGGACGUUAGGCCCUCGGACUGCUUACGGACUGAGCCUAUGCCUUUUCUUAUUACUGUUGUGUCAUAAAAUAAAUCUUGCUAUAAUCCAGACGUGGGGUUACCUUUAAAGCUAACCUUGCGGAGAGGGUGGCAGUCACAACUGCGUGCAUCCUACGUUGGGGGCAAGUCUGAAUCGCUGCUCCUGCUCAAGUGUAAGCUUCAGCUUGCUUUGCUUAGCCCGGUGUGAGUCUCUGGCCCUGGCUCUGCACAGCCUGUCUCACGGGGUUCAUUAAUUCCAUUAAGCUGCCUUGCUUUACUCAUUGGAGAGGUGGUGCAUUCAGCUGUGCGUGCGCGCACAGAAAUGCAUACGUGGAAAUGAAAUAUGCACAUACGCUCUUACUACCACUAGAGACGAGUCGAGGAAUGGCUGUUUAUGGUGCUAGAGAUUUCUUACUGUCCAUGCUAGGGAUGAGAUGACGUAUUAGGACCAAUAACUCCACCUUCGCAGCCAGUUGUCCUCUAAGUAAAGCGGAAGAGGGGCGCUGGCCACCACCUAUGUCUCAGUGAUCCUCGGCCUCGGGGCGCAGGGAGGUGACGGCCCUCCCCGCUGCCAGGGAGAGGCAAGAGCCGCCUGCCCUGCGUCCCGGCCCCGCCGGUGUCCCGGUUCUCCCUCCUGUGACGCAGGGACAAUAAUCCCUCCCCACCUCCCAGGGGCCUUGUGAGAAUCAGUGAAUUCAUGUCUUCGAAGUGCUCUGAAAAUGGAAAGCACCCAAGUGCUGAGCAGUGUUACAGAGUUGUCCACCUCCCAGCGGGGAAUAAACUGGCGCGUUGCUGUAGGAAGAGGUUUCGAAGAUGAUGGUCUUGCUGGAAGGGUCCUGCCCCAAGCGCUGUCCGAGCUGCCCGGUCCGAGCCUCGCUGCCCCGCGCAGGACGCGCUCCUCGGGACGCAGCACGCGCUAGCUUGUUCCUUCCCACCGCCGGCGCGACGAGGAACUGUAACGGUGUCGGGAAAGGGCUUUCCACCACGAGCAGAGCCUUGUCUGGUUCCUUUAGGUCUACCGCGUGCAUUUCAUUGUCAACUUGAGGUUGUUGUUGUGCAAAAGAAGUGAUUAUGAAAAAAAAAAGAAAUAAACUUGGUAUGAAACCAUA